AUGCCCGAGAGCUUGCAGCUGCGCGGGAGCCGGAGUUUCGCUGCAGGCCAGGCGGCAAGGCGGGCUCCAGGGGCCGAACGCCGGCUGCCCGGCAAGCAGCGGGCGGGCGCUGCCAGUGCCAGAGGCAGGCGCGAAGGUGCUCGGAGCUGUCUGCAAGAGUGCGGGAGCUCGCUGGCAGCCCGACGAGCGGGGCUGGCCGCCUUCCUCCUUCUCUUCCUCCUCCUGCGGGGGCCGCUCAGCAGUCCCUGCCCUGCUGCCUGCGCCCCCAGCCCUGCCUCCGGAGGGCAGAGAGCCGGCAAUCCCCGCUGCCCCGUGCCGCCGGAUGAUGACGGCCGGGCGCUGAGCGCUCCGCGCAGCCCGCAUCGACCCUCGCCUCCGGCUGACACCAUGCGGGGCGCCGCCGUCAGCCUUCUCCCACUCACCUUUGCAGUUUUCCUGGGCUUCGCCCGUUGUCGGCCGGAUUCCGCGGCCAGGCUGGAGCUGGGGAGCUGGGGGGCGGCGCGGCCGCGGGGCCGUGGGGCUGCAAACACGGCGCAGAGUCUGCCCCCGGCGCCCGGACACCCCUCGCCGGCACAGCCCCUCCCCGCCGCCCUCCACGUGGACCGCAGCUCAGCGCCCGCCGCGGGGAGCUCGAGCGGCAGCGAUGGCCAGAGGCAGCAUCCCGACCGUGGACUGCCCAUGCCCCGGGGCCAAGGGAGUGAUGCCGGGAUCGGGUCCGGCCCAGGGCACAGGAGCAGGCUGGACCACUCCCGCCAGCGGCAGGGCAGCGGGCUGAAAGCCCGGGUCGCGCCCCGAGCGAAUGAGCCAAGCGGCAGAGGGAGGAUGGCAGGGCCAAAUGCCUGCGGCCGGCAGUGUUGCCCAGGGUGGACCACGGCUCCCGGCACAAACCACUGCAUCAAACCUGUCUGCAACCCGCCGUGCCAGAACAAGGGCUCCUGCAGCCGCCCCCAGGUCUGUACCUGCCGCUCCGGCUUCCAGGGCUCUCGGUGUGAAGAAGUCGUUCCUGAGCAGGAGUACUACCCCGCGAGUGCCCCAGCUGCCUUGCGGCCCGCCCAGAGCUCCCUGCGCAGGCGGAACGGCAUGGCGGGGCGAGACCUCUCCCUGCAGGGCGCUCAGGCACCCGUCCCGCGGCACGUCCCGGCUGACACUCAGAGCAGAAUUGGCUCUCCUGUUGCCCCCCAGAACACAGGGCCAUCACGAACUGUCCGGCGCUACCCAGCCACCAAUGGCCAACUCAGCUCUAAUGCACUCCCCAAUGGGAAUGGACAUGAGCAGAGCAGCCCUGGGCCACAUGUGGUUUCCCAGGAGCACACUUUAGCUACAAGGGGGGCCAACCUGACAGAGAAGAUUAGGAAGAUAAAAAUUGUCUUCACACCCACCAUCUGCAAACAGACCUGCCGAAGUGGACGCUGCUACAACAGCUGUGAGAAAGGAGACACCACCACUCUGUACAGCCAAGGAGGGCACGACCACGAUCCCAAGUCUGGCUUCCGCAUCUACUUCUGCCAGAUCCCCUGCCUGAACGGAGGGCGCUGUGUGGGCCGGGACGAGUGCUGGUGCCCCUCCAACUCCACAGGGAAGUUCUGCCACCUGCCAGCUCUGUCUCUGGAAAAGAAGCAAGGAAGGAGAGCCCCAAAGACCCCGGCCAGUGGCUCAGUGAGGCACUCCACCUAUACCCUGCCCUUGUCCAACCAGCUGGCUUCCCUAAACCCUUCCUUGGUGAAUGUCCACAUCAACCAUCCUCCAGAAGCCACUGUACAGAUUCACCAGGUGGCCAGAGUACGAGGUGAUGCAGAGGCGUCAGAGGAGAACAGUGUGGAGGCCGCCCUAGUGCCUCAGCUGGCCACCUCACCCUGGUAUGCCUAUGCCCAUGGGAAUGGCAACAGCAUUGCCACAGAGAGCAGGCAGCAGCAUCAAAGAGCCCCAGGGCUGCUGGGGAGGUGCUUUCGUGAGGCUCUCCAUGGGCAGUGUACCAACCCCCUGCCAGGGCUGACCAAGCUGGAGGACUGCUGCGGCAGUGUGGGGCUCUUCUGGGGUGCAGACCGGUGCCUGGCCUGCCCACCCCGGCCAACACACCCCGUGAUUGAGAACGGACAGGUGGAGUGUCCCCAGGGAUACAAGAGGCUGAACCGGAGCCACUGCCAAGAUAUCAAUGAGUGUUUAAUGCAGGGCUUGUGCAAAGAUGCUGAGUGUGUGAACACCCGUGGCAGCUUCCGCUGCACCUGCAAGCCUGGCACCAUGCUGGACCCAUCCCGCAGCCAUUGCAUCUCGGACAAAGCGGUGUCGAUGGAGCAGGGCCUGUGUUACCGCUCCGCAGCUGGGGGGGUGUGCUCCUUCCCCCUCUCCCACCACAUCACCCAGCAGAUCUGCUGCUGCAGCCGUGUCGGCAAGGGCUGGGGAAAGAACUGUGAGGAGUGCCCCGUGCCUGGCUCAGAAGCCUUCAAGGAGAUUUGCCCAGCAGGACAUGGCUACACUUACUCCAGUUCUGAUAUCCGCUUGUCAAUGAGGAAGGCAGAGGCAGAAGAGCUGCCCUUCAGAUUGGAAGAGCAAGGGGGGAGCAGCAACUGGACAUUGCACUGGGCAGCAAGGAGACAGCAACUGCAGGACAACUUGCGUGGGAGCGUCCUGGAGGUGUUCCCACAUCCUGGCACCUCAGCAGGAGAGGGUGAAGUUUCUCCUGCUGCACAGGGCGCUGCUGAUGCCACUGCAGAACAUGCCAUACACAGAGAGGAAGAGGAGUCUCGGCACGGCCCCGCCCAUCCUGGUUCCGUCAUCACCUGGGAUGAUGCUGCUCCAACACAGAUGCCGGCACAGGGCUCAGGGGUCAGCAGCUGUGCCUCUUCACCCCUCUCCUGUGGAGCUGGUGCUUGCGUGCUCACCCCAGAGGGAUACAGCUGUGUGUGCCACCCUGGCUACACACUGGACAGUAGGCACCACCGCUGCAUCGAUGAAGAUGAGUGCUUGAAAGAUCCUUGUGCUGGAAAAGGUCACUGCAUCAACAGUGUGGGCUCCUAUUCAUGCCUCUGCUACUCUGGGUACACCCUGGCUGUUUCAGAGGGCAAGCAGAGCUGUGAGGAUCGAGAUGAAUGUGAGCAGCCCUCUGCCUGCAGAGGACAACGAUGCAUCAACAGCCCGGGUUCCUACCACUGUGAAUGCAAGGAGGGCUUUGUCAUGGGUCCCAGAGGACAGUGCGAAGAUGUCAAUGAGUGUGUGGUUUCCAGCCCUUGCCGCAGCGGGAAUUGUGUCAAUACGCUGGGAUCCUACAAGUGUGUCAGCUGUGGGGAUGGCUACCAGCCCAGGAACGGGAGAUGUAUCGACGUGGAUGAGUGCCUCGCAGAGGGGACUUGUGCUCACGGCCGGUGCAUCAACCUGGACGGCUCCUUCCGCUGCUCCUGCUACCGGGGCUACGAGGUGGCACCUGAUGGGAAGAGCUGCCAAGACAUCGAUGAGUGUGCAGCCCAGGCUGCCUGUCCCUCUGGACUCUGCCUCAACACCGAGGGCUCCUACUCCUGCAUGGCUUGUGACACCGGCUACGCCGUCUCCAGAGCAGGCAGCACAUGUGAAGAUAUAGAUGAGUGUGAGGACCCUGCUGUUCAGUGCCUGGGAGGAGAGUGCAGGAACACCCUGGGCUCCUAUGAGUGCCACUGCCAGGCUGGCUUCAAGCUCAUCAAUGGUACCGUGUGUGAAGAUGUGAAUGAAUGCCUGAGCAGUGAGAUCUGCAGCCCCAAUGGCGAGUGCCUUAACAGCCAUGGAUCCUACUUCUGCAUCUGUGCUCCUGGCUUCUCAAACACGGCUGGAGGAGUCAGCUGCCAAGAUGUGGAUGAAUGUGCAGACAAGUCCCGGUGCUUGCAAGGCCAGUGCCUGAACACAGAGGGCUCCUACAGGUGUCUGUGUGAAAAUGGGUUCAAACACUCCCAGGAGACCGAUGACUGCGUGGACGUGGAUGAGUGUAAAGAAUAUGGGGAUGCCAUCUGCGGCACGUGGCGGUGCCAGAACAGCCUGGGCUCUUACCGUUGCAUCAUGGGCUGCCAGCCUGGCUUCCACUGGACCCCCCUGGGUGACUGCAUUGACAUAGAUGAGUGUGCCAACGAGACGCUGUGUGGGAGCCAUGGCUUCUGUGAGAACUCUGAGGGUUCCUUCCGCUGCCUCUGUGACCGUGGCUAUGAGAGCUCCCCCUCCGGGCACCUCUGCGUUGAUGUGAAUGAGUGUGAAAUGAUGGUUGCCGUGUGCGGGACCGCACUUUGUGAGAACGUGGAGGGAUCCUUCCUGUGCCUCUGCCCCAGUGACCAAGAGGAGUAUGACACAGAGGCAGGGCGGUGCAAGCCUCGAGCAGCCAUGGAGGGCCCUGAGACACACAGAGCUCACCUCUCUGACAGCGCAGAGCGCAAGCAGUGCUACUACCACAUCAGCGACGUUCGCCUGUGUGACAGCGUCCUGGCCAAGAACAUCACCAGGGAGGAGUGCUGCUGUACUGUGGGGGCAGCCUGGGGUGACAACUGUGAGACCUACCCCUGCCCCAUCCCAGGCACAGUGGAGUACCAAGAGAUCUGCCCUCUCGGGAAGGGCUACAUUCCCCAGGAAGACCUGCUCUCAGGAAAAGUCUCUUUCACAGACAUGGACGAGUGUGAGAUAUUUGGCUCCGAGUUCUGCCGCAACGGACAGUGCAUGAACACAGUGCCAGGCUACAAAUGCUUCUGUCGUACAGGCUACUACUAUGACUCCAGCAGGCUUGAGUGUGUUGACCAGGAUGAGUGUCAGAAUGAAGUGUACUGCAUCAACGGUGAGUGUCUGAACACGGACGGCUCCUACCACUGCUUCUGCAGCCUCCCUCUCGUGCUGGAUGCCACCGGCAACCAGUGUGUGAAUCUCUCCAGCAGGGCAGAUACCUUGGAGGAGUAUGAAAUCCACCUGGAUGUCUGCUGGCAGACUGUUGCUGACUACAUCUGCCAGGACCUGCUGCAUGGCGAGCAGACCACAUACACCGAGUGCUGCUGCCGGCUCGGUGAAGCCUGGGGCCAGAGCUGUGCACUCUGCCCUCACAGGUCCUCUGCUGAUUUUGCUUUCCUCUGUAAUGGGGCCAGUGAAGACAGUGAGAGAGGGGCUGAGCUCCAAGAAAGACCUAGGUAUGAGUAUGCACCGGGCCUGGAAGACCCACACUAUGGCUUUCCCAGCCCCUACUACAACUACCUGGAGUCUGAGUAUGGAAACCCCGAUGUUGGUUUCCCCCGGAGGGAGCACGGCAGCGAGUUUCGCGGCAGCCCUGUCCAUCACGGCCCAGGGCGGUCUGUGCCCCGCUACCUGCCCAGCCGACAUGGGCUCUACGAGGGCUUUGAGGGGCUGCAGGCCGAGGAGUGCGGGAUCCUCAACGGCUGUGAGAACGGGCGGUGUGUCCGCGUCCGGGAGGGCUACACCUGUGACUGCUUCGACGGCUUCCAGCUGGACAUGACCCGCAUGGCCUGCGUGGACAUCAACGAGUGUGAGGAGGUGGGCAGCCCCGAGCCCCUGUGCCGGGGUGCCACCUGUGAGAACACAGAGGGCUCCUACCGCUGCCACUGCUUGCCAGGCUACGUGGCCCUGGCCCAGCCCCACCAGUGCGUGCCCCAGACAGCCCAGAGCCCAGCAGCAGCAUAGCUCUACGGGAGCGAGGGUGAGGGAUGCUCCCCUCUAGCCACAUGGCUCUGGCACCCAGGACCUGGGAGCACAAAGAAAGGCCCUCGGGGCUGCGGGUGCUUCGAGGCUCUUUGCUCUUCCCCUCCGAAGCGCACAACAUCCCCGCCACCUCUCUCUACAGUCCAGGGCUGAGCUCCCAGCCUCUGCAUCCCCCUCUGCCCUGCCAGCCCCUGCUCCUACCACAGCAGAGCCACUCUGGCCUCCGGUGUCCAUCACAUCGCCCCAUGCUGUAGAGGCUCACGGGAUGCCUUCCCUUGCCACACAGCCCCAGCCUCCCCCCUGGCUCUGCCAAGGAAGGGGCUUCCUCUCCCCACCACUGCUGCACUGACCUAGUGACAAGACUCACCCACACUGCGGGUGCUGGCUCCACUCCUCAUGAAGCAUCCAGCCCCCAGGCCAGGACUUUGAGGAGUGGGUCAGCCCCAGCUUUCUGAAGCUGCUGCCUAACCUUGGGGCAUGGGGGAGAGGCCCCAGGGCCAGCUCUCCCUGCUGCCAGCCCAGGUGCCUCUCUUAGCCACACUUGCCUUUGUGCCCCACGCUGGCUGGGCAGGGGGAAGGGGGAACAAGUCCAGCUUCCUUUCUGUAAAGUUUCUGGAGAUGUUUG